CAUUUGCCAGCGGCACGCGGAGCAGAGCGGUGCGAAAAUCGGAGUGGAGCAGCCAAUUUUGAAUACCGAUAACAUAAAGCGCAUUUUUUGUCCGUGUUUCUAAUAUAUAUUUUUUUUUUUUUGUGUUUUUGUGUGCUGUUGCUGUACGUGACGAGCGGUGAACUGAAACCGAAUCAAUUGUUUAAGUUUUCAAUGAAUGGCAGUGGCAAACAAUUGAAUGAAUUCAAUUGACUGUGGGGCCCCAUUGCAUUAGCCGUUGACAAGAGUUAGUCACGUUGAAUAACCCACAAUGGCGACAACCUCUUCAGAUUCGGAGUCGCAAAAUGUGGAUGUGGCAUCGCAGGCCCAAACGCAGGAUAAUCUGCGCAUAUUUUUAAAGCAUUUGUAUGCGGAGUGCGUGUUCCGAUACCAGAAUGUCACAUACGAUACGGACGACCCAUCAUUUUCACUUGGCCCAGCAACAGACUACGAUUCCGAUUUGCCGGAGAACUUUAGCCCAGUGCCGCGAUAUCUGGAGAAUGCCGCGAUGAACGAGGGCGUUAUUGACAUGCGAAACGUGGACGAGGAGCUGGCGGAGAAGGAGGAGCUGAUGGCCACCGUCGUCAGUGCCACGAUGGCCACAAAUCAGAAGGAGAACCGACUCUUUUGCCCCCUGAACUUUGACGGAUAUCUCUGCUGGCCAAGGACUCCGGCCGGCACUGUGCUGAGUCAAUAUUGUCCCGAUUUCGUCGAAGGAUUCAACAGAAAAUUUCUGGCCCACAAGACCUGCCUGGAGAACGGCUCCUGGUACCGUCAUCCGGUUAGCAAUCAGACCUGGUCCAAUUACACCAACUGCGUGGACUAUGAGGACCUGGAGUUUCGCCAGUUCAUCAACGAGCUGUACGUGAAGGGUUAUGCCCUCUCCCUGCUGGCCCUGCUCAUAUCGAUUAUUAUUUUCUUGGGCUUCAAAUCCCUGCGCUGCACCCGCAUCCGCAUCCAUGUACAUCUGUUCGCCUCGCUGGCCUGCACCUGUGUGGCCUGGAUAUUAUGGUAUCGUCUGGUGGUGGAGCGUUCCGAAACCAUAGCCGAAAAUCCGCUGUGGUGCAUUGGGCUGCAUCUGGUGGUGCACUACUUUAUGUUGGUCAACUAUUUCUGGAUGUUUUGCGAGGGCCUGCACCUGCACCUGGUGCUCGUUGUGGUCUUUGUCAAGGACACGAUUGUGAUGCGCUGGUUUAUUGUCAUCAGCUGGUUUUCACCCAUACCCAUAGCCAUCGUCUACGGUCUGGCCAGGCAUUUCAGUAGUCCGGACAAUAAGCACUGCUGGAUAACUGACAGUCUCUACUUGUGGAUCUUCUCGGUGCCCAUAACUCUUUCGCUGCUGGCCAGCUUUAUUUUUCUGAUCAACGUACUGCGAGUGAUCGUGCGAAAGUUACAUCCCCAGUCCGCCCAGCCGGCACCGUUGGCCAUCCGGAAGGCGGUUCGGGCCACCAUUAUUCUGGUACCGCUGUUCGGACUGCAACACUUCCUGCUGCCCUACCGUCCGGAUGCCGGCACCCAGCUGGACCACUUCUAUCAGAUGCUAUCGGUGGUGUUGGUCAGCCUGCAGGGCUUUGUGGUCUCCUUCCUGUUCUGCUUCGCCAAUCACGAUGUCACCUUUGCCAUUCGCACGCUGCUGAACAAGUUGCUGCCCAGUUUAGUGACCCCGCCGCCGGCCGGGAGUAAUACUGGACAGAUGGCCACGACCACGCCCAGCCGAGAGUUGGGCGUUUAAGGCGUACCGCGCGAGGGUCGAUCGUAACAUUGACCGCAUCGCCGAGCAAAGAUUUUGAAGACCAGUCCGGCACACUUAUUUCAUGAUAGCAAAAUAUUUUUUUUUAUAACUUAAUUUUGUUAAAAUGCAUACUGAUUUCAAUUAUUUAAAAUGUUCCUGUUAUAUUUUUUAUCCUGGGAUACUAUGCCCGAAAUGCAUUUAGAAAAGAAAGGUUCUAGUCAUAUGAAUUAUUGAUAAAAACAAAUAAUUGUAUGCUUGAUCUUUCUAAAAAAAAAGUUUCUAAAAAAACUCUGUUAAGAAUUAUCACUUUAAAACUUUUUACUGAACAAGUUUUAAAAUAUAUUUUGAAAAAGUAUAUAAAGCAUAGUGUUAAGCAUUAAGAAAAAAACAUGUAAACAAAAUCUAAGCUUGAACCCAGAAAAAUUUAAAAUGUGUCAGCCGUAUAAAUCGUUGUUUAAAUUUAACUUAAAAAUAUUUAGGUUUCACACAGCUAACCCUAGAAAAAUAUCUAUGCCAUAUCCAGAGAAAAUGCGGGAAUCAAAUGCCAAGAAUUAACAGGUUCCCCCCGAUGAUUUUAUGCGUAAUAUUUUAUAAUACAAAAUAUAUUCAAAUCCUGAGAGGAUAUAGAAAGAGACGCAGAAUAAUACAUACGUACCCGUGUACCUAAGGAUAUUUUUUUUUAAGCCCUUAAACAUUUAAUAAUGUUAAGAUAAAUAUAUAGAUAUAUAUAUAUGUAAUGUUUGAACCUUUAAUGUAGCUGACAGAUAUUAAUGAUAUUUAUUCAACUUAGCCAAGCACACUUACGUAGCGAAUAAAUCAUGUUAACUGCAGUUGAAUCGUUUGAUUGCCAACUACAUACACUUGGAAU